UUUUAACGUCAAAUGUGCGUCAAAAAUGAUAGAAAAUCUGAAAAUGUUUACCUUUUCGCGGGAAAUAUUUUAGAAAGAUGUUUUCGUUAAAAACAGUGCUAAAGUGUAAUUUUAACUUUAUACCCGGAGAAAAUACGUAAGUUAAGUGCAACAUAAUAUGAGAACCGACAACAUUGUAGGUGGUUCACUAAAAGACUUUAAAGUGAUUUUACGACAACCGUUUGCUGAUUCUACUAAUGUAAACAUGUCCAAUUGUAAUGAAACAUCUAAAGAAAAAGUGGUUAGUAUGAAAACCAGAUUGAACAAAAGCAAAGAAAACAAACCACGGGAACAGGCAAACGAAAAGCCAUCAGCUAAAAAUCACCCACAGAAGAAAACAGUUGGAAACAAACAAACAAAUGUUAAGUCUGAGGAAAGUAAUGAUAUUAAGAAGACCACAUUUCUUAUGAAUGAUUUUGGUAAUAAAAAUCGAUUAAAGAAUGAGUUACACAACUCUGGCAAAGCUAAAAAUUCAGUAGAAGAUAUUAAACAAAUAGCUCAUGGUUUAGGUGUGGAGAAGGCCAAUAUUCUUAUAUCAAAAGAAAAUAUAAACAGUUCAAGUCAAAAUUACCAAGAAAAUGUUUUAAGGAUUAAAGAAUUGUCUAAUAAUAAAAAUAAAAAGGAACUAAAGGUUAAAAACAGUACAAAAACCACUGAAGUUGAAGGUAAGCCUGUUAAUAAAGAUAAAAGGGAAUGUAAAAAGAAUUUAUUUGUUAAUUUAAAACGGAUUAGUGUAAGUAAAGAGAAUGAACAUUUAGACGAGACUCCAGAAGGAGAUGCAGAAAUAUUAAGUACACAAAAAUGCAAUAAGAUUUUAGUUGUUGAUUUAAUAAAUAUUACACCAAAAAAGACAAAUAGAAAGAAUAAAGAGGCACAUAAGUCACUGAGAAAAGAUGACACAGACACAUCAAGUAAAGAUCAAGGUAAAACUAAGAAUUUAGUUGUUCAUUUAGCAAAUGUUUCACCAAAUUAUAUAAAUACAAAGGAUAAAGAGGCACAUGGAACAAUUUACACAGGAAUAUCAAGUAUGUUACAAAUGGAAGAUAAAAUUUCUUCACACAACAUGUCAUCAUGUACAAAGGCAACAGAUCUGAGUAAAACUACAUCAAGUAAUAAACCUUUGGUACAGAAUAUCACCAGUAGAGAAAGUGUACCAUUAGUGAAAAGACUAAGAAAGGGCAUCAACAAACAUUACAUAGAAGAAUCUUUUGAAGAUUCUACCUUGAUCAAUCAAACUGGUCAAAAUGCAUCAAUUGUCUCAAAAAACAAAGUACCUGUUUAUAAGCAACUUGUACCUGUUCUUCAAAAACCCGUCAAAGAUCCCUACGAAUUUGACGUAGUAGAUACAGACCAAGACAAGCCCAGAAAGAAGAAAAAUUUGAAUGACUCUGGAAAGUUUAAUAAAACAAUGCACAGCUUUUUACAGAAAAUAGAGCGAAAAGAGAAGAAAAGGGUAAAAAAGAAGCCAAAACCAGUUGCCUCUUAUGAUGAAAAUAUUCAGAAUGUGUUGAAGAGAGUUAUGAAAAAAGUGACUGAACAAAAAAGUCCUCCAUUAAUGCCAAACCAUGAAACAAAUCCUAAAAUGAAACCAGUGGUAAUGAAAAGAAUCCAAAUAUUGCAAGAGGUUAUUAUCUCCCCAAAUAGUGCAGAAAUAGAUAACUCCAAAGCUGAAAGUGUUGUGCAAAAGACAGUAAGCGGUUCUACUAUAAACUUUGUAAAUAUAAGUGAUGAUUUUGAAGAUGGAUUUAGAGGUUUUGAUAAUAGUAUUUCACAAGGAAGAGAGUCAUUCAUAGAAGAUGGCUUUCGAGGUUUUGAUAGGUCUCAAAUUCAUGUUUUAAAUAGCAACUCCCUCAAAGACGAAUAUUUUGCAUCUUUAAACAAUUCCUCUAUUGCACAGUUAUCAGAAAAAAGUUUGUUGAGAGAAAAUGCUUUUAGGAAAAUGAUGCUAAGUUCGACAGUACCACAUACUUCCUUCACUAGUACCAUAAACCAGCCACAAAAUACAGUGGGAGAUAGAAAUGUAACUUCUUUGGAUGCUAAUCCACUAGAUAACACCAGAAACUUACACAGAGAAUUCCACGAUCACAUUUCAAUGAUGGCAGAUGGUUCUUGCCAUGAUACAUGUAAUAAUACAGAUUUUGAGCACAGUUGGAGUGAUGAUAGUGAAGAAGAAGAUGACCAGUACUUUGGAUUUCAAGAAGUCAGUGAAACUACCCCAGAAAAGCCUGUGAGGUUGAGUAAUAGAAGGAAACAACAGCCUUGGAGGCUUCCAGCGAUAUUUAAGCGCAAUCCGUACCUCCUAAAGAUAAAACAGAAUGGUCUUCCUUGUGGCCAACAAGAAAUGGUGAUAGAUUAUGAAUUUGCAAAGAGAAUAGAGGCCCUCUCAGCUAACAAACGCCCAGAACCCGCCCCAAAGCCUCCAGUUCAAACUACCAUGCUGGAUUUUAUAGAUAGCACCAAUGAACAUUUGGAAAGACCUUCGGAGCCCAGUUUGUUUGAUUACGAGGAGUUUAACAUUGUAAAACCAAGACGAGUAUUAGGCGUGCUGCAAGAACAUCAAAUUUCCACUCCUAAAAAGGAUGUGGGGACUGUACUGGCAUCCCCCAAUCUUUCAGUUAUUUCCAAGCCACAAAAUAUACCAAUAUCUACUCCUAAACGGGAUGAACAACCAAUCAUGGCUUCUCCUAAUAUGUCUAUUAUUGAUAAAGAAAAUGCUGAAGAAAAAGUACCUGUCAGACCUCUGCAAAGAAGUUAUAGAAGAUUAAUUCUAGCGAAGAAGCUACAAAACAAAAGUGAUGAAGACGAAUCUCCAAAAAAUAAAAACGAUCACGGUCUUGGUAAUGCUUUACCAUCCAUACUAGAUAACAGCUAUGAAGAAAUACCAGAUGCUGAUAUUCAUUUGUUUGAAGAUGUAGAACAAGACAAUGGCGUAGAUUUCAGCAUUGAACUGCCAAUUAUGAAAUAUGCAAGUAACAAGAGAAAGAAACAAGUAUGUGAAGGUUUUGAUGCUGAUGAAGACAAAAUAGCUAAGAAAAAGAAGAGAAAUAUGAUGACAAAAACUGAGGAAGCUGAAUUCAAUGCAUGGGCUGCCAAAACUAACGCUCGUUUUGCGGAAGAAGACAAACAUGAACUAACGAUAGAAUAGAACAUCUAUCAAGCCACCAUGCCAGUGAUUUAACGAACAAAGACAACCAAGUAUUAUACCAGUGCCAUUUGGAACUUUUUGCUUAUAUUUUUUUAAAAAUUAUUUUACUUUUUGCAAGUUUUUUAAAUUCUCAACUUUUAGGUAUUACAAAUCUUACAACGUUUUUGAUAUGCCAUAUUCUCUAAUAGAUUUACGUACUAUUUUUAUAUCAGGUUUUAAGAGGAAACUGUUUGUUGCUUUAUUUUUUCUACAUUUUUCGCCUAUGUCAAAAAAUGUCCAAAAAUGUUUUUUAUGUCAUACUAGUUUAUUAUAUUAUAAUAGUCUCCGGUUUUAUACCGCUCACGCGGCUUUGGGAUUUUAGCAGGGUAGUCAGCUAUUCGAGCUCCCCGUCUCACAGGAUUAGCCUGGCAGCGUUUGGUAAACUGAACUAUGUAUUUAAAUCUGACUUACCCAUAUGCCUCAAAAGGAAAAACUUUGACCAGUGUGUGUUGCCUGUACUCACACAUGGAGCCGAAACAUUAACACUCACAAAAAAGGUAGUGAACAAGAUUCGCCUAACUCAGAGGGCUAUGUGGAGCGCCAGAUGUUGGGUGUCUCCCUGAGAGGCCAAAUCCCAAACGAAGAAAUACGUCAUAGAACAAAAACAACAGAUGCUGUCGAAAAAAUCGCGUUGUUAAAAUAAAAUUUGGCAGGACACGUCGCCAGAUUGUCAGACAACCGAUGGACAAAACGUAUUGUCGAGUAGAGGCCACGACAAGAAGCACUACGGAGCAGAGGACGCCCACCAAUUAGAUGGACCGACGAUCUGAAGCAUCCCAGUAGCACCGAACGGAUUUAUUUAGCCUUUUAAGGAUGCUUUAAAACUGUAGAAUAAAACUAAAAUUAAAACCAUUUGGUUUUUAAGUACACCUUAAAAGGUUGCAAUAAAACCGCUUUCAGCAUAAAAGGGCCCACUCUGAAAGAGGUCAAUAAAACCAAAAAUAAAAACCUUCUUAAAACUUUGUUUUCUUAAGAAACUGGUUUUAAAGCUGCUGUGAAGGUGCUUUUAAAACCAUGUUAAAAGACACUUUAAGUGCAGCCAGUUUUAUAGCAAACUUAAAAAGGUUUCUUAAAUGGAGAAUUUUAAAGACAAUUUACCAUAUUAAAUGAUUCUUUAAACCCAUAUACUCCAUAUAGGCCAACAAAUUUUUACAUGUGUUGUGAUAGGUACAUUUUGUAAUCAUAAAAUAAUAAAAAGUACUUGGUUAUUUCGGACUGUCAAGGUAGAAAAACACUUGCGCACCCAACUUUAUUAAUAAUGUUAACAAAAAGAGGUCUAAAUAACUCACGCGCCCUAAAAUUUCUGACUUUUGGCGAUUAAAGAAUAAAAAUAAUAAAA